AUGGCCAACGACGAGUAUGACUUCCUCUUCAAGGUCGUCCUGAUCGGCGACAGUGGAGUUGGAAAGAGUAAUCUGCUCUCGCGGUAAGAGAAUGGUCAGUCAACCUAUAGCUCGAGGCAUUCGCUCAUAAGCAACACUAGAUUCACCCGCAACGAGUUCAACCUGGACAGCAAGUCCACGAUCGGUGUAGAGUUCGCCACCCGAAGCAUCCAGGUUGACUCCAAGACCAUCAAGGCGUAUGUGAAAUGAAGAGAUGGGUGAUUGCUCGAGGCAUACUGACGUUCCCAAAGCCAGAUUUGGGACACUGCAGGCCAGGAGCGUUACAGGGCCAUCACUUCAGCAUACUACCGUGGAGCCGUCGGAGCACUGUUGGUCUACGACAUUUCGAAACACCAGACAUACGAGAACGUGACGCGGUGGUUGAAGGAGCUGAGAGACCACGCCGAUACAAACAUCGUCAUCAUGCUUGUCGGAAACAAGUCUGAUCUUCGCCACCUCAGGGCGGUUUCCACAGAAGGUAAGGAAUUACGAGAACUGAAGAGAGAUAUCUCGCGAUGCUGAGACGCUGCCAGAUGCCAAGACUUUCGCCAGCGAGAACGGAUUGAGCUUCAUCGAGACGUCCGCUUUGGACGCCAGCAAUGUGAGUACCCAAUGACUCUAUGAAAAAAGAAACAUCUACUAACGUAAACAAGGUCGAGCUUGCAUUCCAAAAUGAGCUCACCGAGAUCUAUCGCAUCGUCUCGUCGAAAGCUCUCGACCAAGACCAGAAUGCCCAGGGGCCAUCGGCAGGCACAAGCAUUCCUCUGUCCCAGUCCACCCCACCAGGCGAUGCCACGAAGAAAGGUCAAUGCUGUUAG